GCGCUCCGCCGAUCAGGGGCUGCACGGCGAUCACGGAGUGAAUUAUUUCUGGAAGGACCUGAAGGCUUUUCCGGACCUCCGGUCCCUCCUCGUCUCCCCGGCUCGGUACUGAGGUCCCCCGUCCUCCCCGGGAGUGGCGCGGCCCGAGAGCUCCGGGCUAAGCCUUCCGGCGGGAAGAGGCGCCGCGGCGUUUCCGGGCCGGGCUGCGUGGAGGACGCUGCUCGCAAUGGCUCUGCCGGGUGCAAAUAAGGAUAACAUCAGAGCAGGAUGCAAGAAAUGUGGCUACCCUGGUCAUUUGACAUUUGAAUGCCGAAACUUUCUUCGAGUGGAUCCUCAAAGAGAUAUUGUUUUAGAUGUUAGCAGCACAAGCAGUGAAGAUAGCGAGGAAGAGGAGUUACAGAGACUGCAAGCCCUGCGUGAAAAGAAAAAUUUAAAUGAGGAGGAAGAAAAAAAGAAACAAAAAAGAAAAAGUAAAGAAAAAACAAAACUAAAGAGACCAAGGAAAAGAUCUUCCUCAUCAAGUGCUGCUGAAGAGGUCAGACCAAAGUCGAAAAAACAAAAAUCACAUAAAAAGGAAAGGAAAAAGGAAAAGAAGAAUAAAUCUAAGAAAAGCAAACAUCAUAAAAAGGAAAAGAAGAAGAGACGAAAGGAAAAGAGUUCAUCUUCAGAUAGUUCAGACAGUUCUAGUAGUGACUAAGUUGCUGGCCUAUUUUUGCUGUCAUUUCUGCAGAGAAUAGGAUGGUUUUCCUUUCAGAUCUUGCCUAUUUGUGCUUUGCAGUUAUGUUUAUAUUGAUAUAUAUAUUUUUCAGGAAAUCUACUUGCAAAUAUCAGUGCUUCAAAUUAUUAAAUGGACCAUUUGGAAACUCUAGUGGAAGGUCUGUGUGUCAAGAUAUUCGGACUUCAUAUGCUUAACAUUUGAAUGGUUAAAUCAAAUUUGGAAAUUUAAAUGAGCUUGCUUCUGUUAAUAUAUUCCAUAAAUGUAUGUUUCCAUCUUGUGGGAGGUAAUCAAUCUAUCAUGUUGAAAUAGGUAAUAAAAAUUACCCUUUGCUGUCAGGGAAAGUGUCAACAGUUUACAGGCCAUUUUGCCCUGGGAGAAGGGUGAAAGGGAAAAGGGGCAAAAAAGAUUGGAAGAUGGGCUUAAAAACAAAACAGUUGCAAUGAUUUGAGGAAGAAAGUUAAUUUACUAUAUUAUGUAUUGGAAUGCAAGAUAAUAUAAUUGGAAUUGAGGCUAAUGAGAAAAAUGAGAGAGAGUGUGUCCAAAAACUGAAGUUCUGAAUGGCCUGAAGGCAUGCUGAAAGCAGGACAGCUAGGGAGCACACUACUGCAUUGACAAGCAUUAAAAGAAAGGACGUGUCUUGUGACUUGCAAACACUUUUAUCUUUUCCUCUGAGUGGAAAAUGAAAACAGAACAGUAAAAGUCUUCUGGAAAAGUAAUUGUUCUCCUCCGAGAACCAGGUACCCAGAAAUAUCCUCAAUCCACAGAACUGGAGCGUUAACUCUUUAACUCCCAGUGCUCUACGUGAUGUUGCUAUGUGGAAUGCCAAUAACAAAAGUCAUAAAAUCAUGACGGAGUUAUUUCAGGCAUGUCAGAGUUUCAUGAUUGGAUACCCUGGUAUUCAAUCCUUAGAAUUGUAGAAUGGUUUGGGUUGGAUAGGGCUUUUAAGAUCCUCUAGUUCCAACCCCUCUGCUAUAGGCAGUC